ACCAAAAUCAUUGACUCAUUUACACAAUUGUUUUUUAAUACUUUUUUGAGAGCUCAUCAUUCAAGAAGGUGAAAAAGCUACUGAAAACUGUAAAAAUAUGGCAUCGAAAUUAGGGCGAAUUGUCGCUCGACAAUAUUCAUCUUUUCCUUUAUCACAUGGAAAUAAAGAAAGUAUUCGUAAAACGAAGAAUAUGUGGAAAAUGGCUUCUUUGUUUAUUGCAUUGCCAGCGACUGUUAUUACUGGCGUAAUUAAUUAUUACCAUCACAUUCAACACGAAACUCAUAGGCCUGAGUUCAUUCCCUAUCAGCAUUUGAGGAUUCGCACCAAGCCUUUCCCUUGGGGUGACGGUAACCACGGUCUUUUCCACAAUAAGAAAAUGAACGCUCUUCCCACUGGCUACGAGGAGUAAAAAUCGUAAGAAUCAAGAUAGAUUAAUUCCAUAAAUAUUAUGUAGUUAUUAAAACAAAAAGAAUACAAAAAUUUAAUUAGCAUUAUAUCUUAAAUUUGUCAAAAAAAUAAACAGAAACACAAAUUUCUCUAAA